CUUAUCGGGGGGGUAUCGAUCCCUGAGGGUGACGCUGGCUGUUGGCUGGCUCCCCCCCAUUUAGCAGCGCCUACUCCGCACUAGUCAGCUGUUUGUAGCAAUGGCGCCCUACACUUGGUCCAUGGGGCUCUUGUUGUGGCUCGCGGUCAGUGUGCGCCCCCAGGAAGUGCUCCCGGCAGGCGCCCCCAAAACAAGCGACAUCGAUCUGCAAACGUGCAUCGCCAACUUCAACGUGCACAAGGACAAAAUCAUCCGCACUCACGACUCCCAAAAUAUGGGGGCGCGCUACUUGAACGAGGCCGAUUUGGGCAGUCGCGAGGAAUGUUUGCGGCUCUGCUGCGAAACUGAUGAUUGCGACGUUUUCGUCUUCCAGCAGAGCGCAGGCAAUUGCUAUUUGUUCCAAUGCGGCCCGCCCGAGGACUUCAAGUGCAAGUUCACGCAACACGUGAACUACUCCAGCGCCGUGCUGGCGAUCAGCCGGCGCGGCGCCGACCUGGAGAACCAGAUCAAGCUGACCAAGCACGUGCAGGAAUUGGCCAAAUUGCGGGCCAAGCCCGACCUGGAGGCGCCCCGCCCCAGCACCACGCCCCCACCGCCACUCGUCGCCCAGGAAACCGAGCAGGYGCGCCGGUGCAGUCGCUACCAGUUCGAGUGUCGCUCCAACGGCGAAUGCAUCGCCAUCUAUAAUGCGUGCGAUGGAAUCCCGCAGUGCGCCGACGGCAGCGACGAAGCGGCCGAGCUCGGCUGUCCGGCGCCAGAGGCGCCACCGGUGCCUAGCACCACGCCCCCUCGGGGAACGCCUGCCCCCCCACCCGCUCUGCACCCGGCAGUACUUAAAUAUGGACGCGAAGGGGAACUGGUGCAGGAGCAACAGCAGCAACAGUUGCCCACUCAGCAACAGAAGACAGCCAUCUACUCGAAUCCUUACCAGGAUGCGGACGUUGUGCGGCCCCCAGUGCGCAUGUUUGACCCGGUGGGUGGGGCCAGUUGGGGCGCGAACUGGGGCGCCCCCGUUCCCCAACUGCCCCCAUACCCAGAGGUGCGUCGCCAUGGCGACGCCCCAGCAUUGCCAGCUCAGUUGCAGUAUCCCGAGUACCGGGGACGGCCCGCCAACUACUAUCCGGACAGACAGCCGGAGACUUGGCCAGCAGAGCGCUACGCCCCUCCGUCUGGGUAUGGGGGCUUGGAGGCCGCAGCCCCUGGAGCCCCUAAGCCGCAGGAGAGUGCAGCAGGGCUGCGCGACCAGCAGCAGCAGCUGGCGCACGAUCUGCAGCAUUCCAAGGAGGGGGCGCAGGCCAGCAGGGUGGUGGUCAAGGUGGCGCCGCGCCCUCAGUAUGCGGAACCCUACAAGAUGGCCGUUGAGGACACCCAAGAUGGCCAGGCGGGCAUCCCUCGCGGCGCCAUUUUGUCCCUUACCAUCGGAUUGGUGCUGACCGCCGUGAUGGCCAUCCUGAUUGGCUGCCGCCUGCGCGUGGUGCGCCGUAGACUGCGCAAGGGCGAAAACGGCUACGCCCACGACGCAGACUAUUUGGUGAAUGGGAUGUACCUGUAAGCUCCGCCCCCCGUCCGUGACGUCUGAGCUGAACGCCACCAAUCAGCAGUAAACGCCGCUAGGUGUGCCUGGUUGCCUGCAAGGCAACGGCUGUAGCCGCUUUUUUUAUGUUUUUAGGGCCCCGAAGCGCCCAAAUAAACAGUUGGGGAAAAAC